AGGAAUUUUCCGAAAAACUACAUUGGCCAACAAAAGAAAAAAUUACUGAUUGCAUGCCUUUAUUGAAACUCAAACGAAUAAAUCAGUCCAACAAAAUCCACAUUCCAAAUACCCUUUUCUUCCUUUUUUUAAUUUAUUUAUUUUCUUCUUGUAGAAAUGCAUUUGAAUUGAUUAGAAGAGGAAAUUCAAAUAAAGGGGAAACUGAAGGAAAGUUGAAUCAAGAACAAGAUUGAAUGUUAUGGCUUGUUUUUUUCCAUUUAAUAACAGAAACUUGGACACAAGUUUUUUCAUAUUCAGGCCAACAAUAGUGAUUGUAGAUGAUGUUGUGGAAGCUCUCAAGAAUUUCUCUUUUUCUACAGAAAGUCUUGGAUGUGUUCAUAGUGCCAUUUUUACAAGUAUUCAUGGCAAUAUGAUGGUAUGGUAUGGAGCAUGGAUAAAGAGAUCUAGUGAGAAUAAGGACUUACUUCUCUCAAUGCUAACAAAUGUAUCAAGCAUGGCAAUCCUAUUGGAACAUGGCUUCUAUGAUGCAUAUGCUGGAGAAUCAAAGGAUCAUUCCCCCGCCGCGAAGUUCUACCCAGGGGACAUAGUUUCCAUGAACUCCGCGGCCUCUUCUUCCCAUCAUCAUGACAUGCCAAUCGAACAUUUUUCCUACGCGUGCUUAGCCAUAUUCAAGGACCGGUUUCAGAAGAUGGAUGGCGCGGUUGCUGGAGUUUGUUUGAAGUGUCAAACCAUACCAAAGGUUGCUGCCAUUUUCGUGUGGAAAUCUUUGCAAUGCUGCUACAAUUACAUACUGAAUCAAGAUUCUAGGAGUGUUCUUCCUUAUUUUGAUGGAUUUUCACUUGAUUUGAAGUAUGAUGUUUUUAAGGUUGUUUAUGUAAGUGGAGAUGGUGCCUUAAACUUUCACUUUUACCCUCCACACAAGAUGUUGGAGGGUAAAGAAGGGCUGCAUAAUGUUACUCAAGAACUGAAUAGAGUUGCAGAAUAGAAACUUAAGCUUAGGGUUAUGUUAUAAGUACUUACUACAUACUAUUUAGUUUAGUAUUGGGCAUAUGGAUAUGACUUCAGUUUUGGUAUGUAAUUUAUUAAGUAUAUUAUGAAAUGAUUAAGCAUUUAAAUAAACCGAUAGCUUAUGCUUUUUAUCUUGAUUUGGUCAA